UAAGGAGACACCACAAACACAAGCCAAGUUUCGAUCCUAAACCUUAAACCGAUUCACAUUAUUCUUUCUCAGACUCCUUCACUCUGUGUUGUCGUUUCUGUUUCUUCAGCAAUUCUUCUCAUCGUAGGGGAAAACAUGAAGUUCUGCAAAAAGUAUCAGGAAUACAUGCAAGGCCAGGAGAAGAAACUUCCAUGUGUAGGAUUCAAGAAGCUCAAGAAGAUUCUGAAGAAGUGCAGGAGAAACUCUUCAUCCCUGAAACCCCUUAAUGCAUCCCUUGCCGCCAAAACCUGCCCCGACCAUUGCCCAGUGUGCGAUGGGACCUUCUUCCCUUCCCUUCUCAAUGAAAUGUCAGAUAUAGUGGGGUGCUUUAAUCAGCGGGCGCAGAAAUUGUUGGAGCUACAUCUCGCUUCUGGGGUCAGAAAGUACUUCUUCUGGAUCAAAGGCAAAUUACAAGGGAACCAUACUGCACUGAUUCAAGAGGGCAAAGAUCUUGUUACUUAUGCACUCAUAAAUGCCAUUGCAAUUCGAAAAAUACUAAAGAAAUAUGAUAAGAUUCAUUAUUCCAAGCAAGGGCAAUUGUUCAAGUCACAAGUCCAGAGUAUGCACAAGGAGAUUCUUCAAAGUCCCUGGCUUUGUGAGCUUAUGGCCUUCCACAUCAAUUUAAGGGAAACUAAGGUCAAGUCAAGGAAGGCACAUGCUUUGUUCGAUGGAUGUUCUCUCACAUUCAAGGAUGGGAAACCGUCACUUACUUGUGAGCUCUUUGAUUCUAUCAAAGUUGACAUUGACUUGACUUGUUCUAUAUGCUUGGACACAGUGUUUGAUCCAGUUUCUCUGACUUGUGGCCAUAUAUUCUGCUAUAUUUGUGCAUGCUCGGCUGCAUCGGUAUCUAUUGUCAAUGGACUUAAGUCUGCAGAUCCUAAAAUGAAAUGUCCUCUAUGUCGUGAGGGUGCAGUUUAUGAAGGUGCUGUGCGCUUGGAAGAACUAAAUAUUCUGUUAAGCCGAAGUUGUCAGGAAUACUGGGAGCAGAGGCUUCAGACAGAGAGGGUGGAGAGGGUUAAGCAAAUAAAGGAACACUGGGAUUCACAGUGUAGGGCAUUCGUGGGCGUCUAAGUACAGCAUGCAAUUUUCUUAGUUUCUUUUGUAGUGUAUAAGGUUUGUAGUUUUGGCUGAAAUGUGAAUAUGCAUCUGUUUAAUUGUUGUUGUGUAUGUAACAUUUUGAAUAAGGCGAAGCCGCUUUUAAACUCUUUGGAAGUUUUCUAGUGACAAUGUUAUUACUUCUUUCCUGAUUUAUGAAGGGAUUCUAAUUCUAUUUUAGACUAAACGGCUUAUCUGGGGUUGUCUAUAGUUGUCUAUUCCAGUGCUGCAGCAUGCCAUUUGAGGCAGAAGCAAGGAAGAUGAUGAUGCUUCCUCCAAACUGAGGUUGGGCGCAAACACAGCUCUAGAAGAUUGUCUAACUAACAAA